AUGUCGGUUCAGACGGUGUCUAUGACCCCUUUUCAGGACCAGAAGCCUGGCACUUCUGGUCUUCGUAAAAAGGUCGUCGUUUUCCAGCAGCCCAACUACUCCGAAUCCUUCGUCACCAGUAUCCUCCUCUCCAUCCCCGAAGGUGUUGAGGGUUCUUUCCUCGUUAUUGGCGGUGACGGACGCUACCAUAACUCAGAAGUCGUACAGACAAUCGCAAAGAUUGGUGCUGCAUAUGGCGUCAAGAAGCUCCUGAUCGGACAGAACGGCAUUCUCAGUACCCCGGCUGCUAGCCACCUUAUCCGCAAGAGGAAAGCUACUGGUGGUAUUUUGCUCACUGCUAGCCACAAUCCUGGCGGUCCUACCGAGGAUUUCGGUAUCAAGUACAACCUUGCCAAUGGUGCCCCUGCCCCCGAGUCCGUCACCAAUAAGAUCUACGAGACCUCCAAAUCCUUGACUUCCUACAAAAUCGCCCAGCUCCCAGACGUCGAUCUUACUCAAAUCGGUACUCGCAGCUAUGGUUCACUCGAGGUCGAAAUUGUCGACUCAGUCACCGACUAUGUUGACUUCAUGAAGGAAAUUUUUGACUUUGAUCUUAUUCGUGACUUCCUAAACACACACAAGGACUUUAAAGUCCUUUUCGAUGGUAUGCAUGGUGUCACUGGACCCUACGGUGUCCGCAUCUUCCAAAAGGAAUUGGGUCUCCCAGCAUCCAGUACCCAGCACUGUGAGCCAAAACCCGACUUUGGCGGUGGCCACCCUGACCCCAACUUGGUGUAUGCCCACGACCUUGUCGACGCUGUUGACAAGAACGGCAUUCAAUUCGGUGCCGCAAGUGACGGCGAUGGUGAUCGUAACAUGAUCUACGGUGCUAACUCCUUCGUUUCUCCUGGAGACAGCUUGGCCAUUAUUGCUCACCAUGCCAAACUCAUCCCAUACUUCCGUGACCAGGGUGUCUACGGUCUCGCUCGCUCUAUGCCAACCUCCGGUGCCGUUGACUUGGUUGCCAAGGCUCAGGGUCUUGAGUGCUACGAGGUUCCUACCGGAUGGAAAUUCUUCUGCGCUCUUUUCGACAACAAGAAGAUGUCUAUUUGCGGUGAAGAGAGCUUCGGAACUGGUAGCAACCAUAUCCGAGAGAAGGAUGGUGUCUGGGCUGUUGUAGCAUGGUUGAACAUUAUUGCCGGUGUUGCCAAGCAGAAGCCCAACGAGACCCCUAGCAUCGCCUCCAUUCAGAACGAUUUCUGGAACAUAUACGGCCGUACUUUCUUCACUCGUUACGACUAUGAGAAGGUUGACAGUGAUGGUGCUAACAAGGUAAUUGCCGAUUUGAGCAAAUUGAUCGACAACAAAGAUUCCUUCGUUGGCUCAGAAGUUGCUGGUCGUAAGGUCACCGAUGCCGGCAACUUUUCCUACACUGAUCUCGAUGGAAGCGUCAGCAAGAACCAAGGUCUAUACGUUAAGUUCGACGAUGGAAGCCGUAUCGUGGUUCGUUUGUCCGGUACUGGCAGCAGCGGCGCCACAAUUCGUCUCUACAUUGAGAAGCACGAGUCUGAUGCAAGCAAAUACUCUGUUCAAACCCAAGAGUACCUCGCGGAUAACAUCAAGUUGGCCACUGACCUGCUCAAGUUGAAGCAGUAUGUUGGACGUGACGAGCCUGAUGUCAAGACCUAA